CCGACGCUAGCCGCUUCGCUCUCUCGACUCGUCGCCUGCCCCUCCCCCGCCCGCCGCCGUCACCCGGGAAACCGGCCGCAAUCGCCGGCCGACCUGAAGCUGGUUUCAUGGCAGCCGCGAAGAAAGCAGUUUUGGGGCCGUUGGUGGGGGCAGUGGACCAGGGCACCAGCUCAACGCGCUUUUUGGUUUUCAAUUCGAAAACAGCUGAACUCCUUAGUCAUCAUCAGGUGGAAAUAAAACAAGAGUUUCCAAGAGAGGGAUGGGUGGAACAAGAUCCUAAGGAAAUUCUUCAGUCUGUCUAUGAGUGUGUAGAGAAAACAUGCGAGAAACUCGGACAGCUCAAUAUUGACAUUUCCAACAUAAAAGCUAUUGGUGUCAGCAACCAGAGAGAAACCACCGUGGUGUGGGACAAGUUAACUGGAGAGCCUCUCUACAAUGCUGUGGCUGCUCCAGUUUCUCCUGGCCCUUCAGUUCCAGUUGGCGUUGUUCCCUCUGGCUCUUCAGUUCCAGCUGCUGGUACUUCCUCAGUAUGGCUUGAUCUAAGAACCCAGUCUACCGUCGAGGCUCUUAGUAAAAGAAUUCCAGGAAAUAAUAACUUUGUCAAGUCCAAGACAGGCCUUCCAAUUAGCACUUACUUCAGUGCAGUGAAACUUCGUUGGAUCCUUGACAAUGUGAGACAAGUUCAAAAGGCUGUUGAAGAAAACAGAGCUCUUUUUGGGACCAUUGAUUCAUGGCUUAUUUGGAGUUUGACAGGAGGAGUCAAUGGAGGUGUCCAUUGUACGGAUGUAACAAAUGCAAGUAGGACGAUGCUUUUCAACAUUCAUUCCUUGGAAUGGGAUAAAGAGCUUUGCGAAUUUUUUGGAAUUCCAAUGGAAAUUCUUCCAAAUGUCCGGAGUUCUUCUGAGAUCUAUGGCCUAAUGAAAGCUGGAGCCUUGGAAGGUGUGCCAAUAUCUGGGUGUUUGGGAGACCAGUCUGCUGCACUGGUGGGACAAAUGUGCUUCCUGGAUGGGCAAGCCAAAAACACGUAUGGAACAGGAUGUUUCUUACUGUGUAAUACAGGCCGUAAGUGUGUAUUUUCUGAGCAUGGCCUUCUCACCACGGUGGCUUACAAACUUGGCAGAGACAAGCCGGUAUUUUAUGCUUUGGAAGGUUCUGUAGCUAUAGCUGGUGCUGUUAUUCGCUGGCUAAGAGACAAUCUUGGAAUUAUAAAGACCUCAGAUGAAAUUGAAAAACUUGCUAAAGAAGCAGGUACUUCUUAUGGCUGCUACUUCGUCCCAGCAUUUUCAGGAUUAUAUGCCCCUUAUUGGGAGCCCAGUGCAAGAGGGAUAAUCUGUGGACUUACUCAGUUCACCAAUAAAUGUCAUAUUGCUUUUGCUGCAUUAGAAGCUGUUUGUUUCCAGACCCGUGAGAUUUUGGAUGCCAUGAAUCGCGACUGUGGGAUUCCACUCAGUCAUUUGCAGGUAGAUGGAGGAAUGACCAGCAACAAAAUUCUUAUGCAGCUACAAGCAGAUAUUCUGUAUAUUCCAGUAGUGAAGCCCUCGAUGCCCGAAACCACCGCACUGGGCGCUGCCAUGGCAGCAGGGGCAGCAGAAGGAGUCGGCGUUUGGAGUCUAGCACCCGAGGAUCUGUCAGCUGUCACAAUGGAGCGUUUUGAACCUCAGAUCAACGCUGAGGAAAGUGAAAUUCGUUAUUCUACUUGGAAGAAAGCUGUGAAGAAGUCAAUGGGUUGGGUUACAACUCAGUCUCCAGAAAGCGGAAUGUUUGGUGGAAGACUCUGAACAUUUCCGUGAGCACUGUGUUCCAUAGAUGAUACCAACUCAUGGAUCCCCAAGAUGGAGUUUUUUACAUAAUGAGAAAACCCAGCAAUUCUGUCUCUUAAUGUGAUGACACUAUUCAUAGACUCUGAUUUUAUUUAUAAGCCACUUGCUGCAUGACCCUCCAAGUAGACCUGUGGCUUGAAAUAAAGACAAUGCAGCAGAAAGAAUGCUUUAGAAACAUUUGGUGUGUUUUUUAACAUAGACAGUUAAGGUUGGGCUAGCCACUUUGGUUGGGGGCUGGUCCCCUCCAUUACCAUAACAUCCUGCCCCAUUCCCUCUGAGAUCUAGGAAGAACUCAGAUCCUAUCCACUGGACUCUUUCAUCAGACAUAUAUUCAAAUGCUACUGGUCUAGGAUAUGAUUCUCUGCGCUACACGCACUUAAGGGGUUACUACCAACCUAUUAGAAAUAAAGGGCUUUUUGUUUGUCGGUAAACAGACUCCCAAAAGUUUUUUCUACCUAUUAGAAGCUCACAUCUUCAUUAAAUGUUUAAAUAAAAACCUCUAUUAGGUUAUUAAAAUGGAAAUUUAGUAUUCUCAUAGAUUGAAUAUUUUUCUGAAAAAUAUUUGCCAAAACAAAUUCUUCACCCAAUAUACAUGGUCUCACUAUAAUGACUUUCUAUCAGAAUCUUAUAGGAAAGGACACUUAUUUGUUUGUUUCCAUCCCUCUUUUUUAUAUUUUUUACUUUGUAUAACAUACAUGCCUAUAUAUUUUGUAUACUGAAGUUAGCCCAUUUACAAAGUAAGAGUACGUUAUAUUCAAUAGAUUACAACAGGGCUAGUCUUAGACUACUAAGUAUAUAAAUAUUUUGGAGAAAGCAGCUAUAUACAUUUGGGGGCAACGGUUAUGCAUAUAAUAUACCAGGAGAAAUUUUUUCUUAAAGAGCCAACAUUUAAAAUUUAAGUAUAUAAUGUUAAUAAAAGAAAAUGAACUUUAUUGUGACUUCAACUAUAUUCCUUAUAUCGUAUAUUUUUAUUUAAUUGUCAAAAGAGAGGGAAAAAACUGUAGAAUACUAUGGUAAAUAUUGUUUUCAAACAUAAGCAGUAGUCCCAAUAAAGUUAUUUGUCCUUCACAUUAAUUUUAGACAUAUUUGAGAUCCUUUUGAGGAGAUGAGAGAAUGUCAAAUAAGUAAAAAACCUAAGCCGAAAAAAAUUUAGGAAUGAAUCCAAGAAUCUCUUUUAAUUCAAAUGUUAUCAAUCAUUAAUUAACAAGAAAUUGCUGAGAUGACAGGAUUAUCUUAGCUUAAUAUCACAUUACAGCUGAAAAAAGUUUACCAUUAGAAAUGCCUUUCAAUGAAACCAAGAAUUUCUCAAAAUAUUUAAUGUCACGUUAUAUGAAGUCACCUAAUCUAACUUCCUAAUGUCAGUUUUUGAAAUAUUUAAAAAAUUAAUUUACAGUAAACAACUAAGAAAAGAACUUCCUAGUUAUUUUCUUGAAUGAGUGCUGAAUGGGAAAGUAUUUCUAUGUUAAUAUAAAAGAUUUUGUUUUGUUUGGAAUUAAUGAUAGCUGGAUUUACUGUUCUGAUUGUGCUGUUUCUAAAUUAUUGAGUCUGCUGGGUUUUAUUGAUGUAGCUGCCUCUUACGUGACAUAAAUAUCAUAGAAAGGUACUGUGAAAUGAUCAGUUUGUGGCAGGGUACUUUUAAACAUAAUUAUGUUUCUACAAAGGUAGGUUGAGUUCAUUGUAAAUAAUUGUGAAGAUCACUGUUCAAAUAAUUUUAAGAUUACACUGAUUUUUCUAUGAAUUGCAAGAUUUAUAAAUGUUUGAAAUUGUACAUGUUGAUAUUUAAUGAUAAAUUUACUUAAAAUAAAUUGACCCCUCAUUCUUA